ACGGCUUUGAUCAGAGUCUGCAAGGUAUGAGGAAGUGACUUCAGGAGACAGAGAGCACUGCCCAGGUUGAAAAGCAAUGCAGAUAAUAUCUCUGGUGCUGGGUGUGAUGCUGGUGUCUGCAGUGUCUGCUGCAGGGCAGCCUGGUUUCUUGGAGUCCGUCAUGCUGUCCAUCGAGCAGCGUCCCUGGCUCAUGGGCGUCUAUGUCUUCAUCGUUGGACUUCCCCUCGUUCUCUUCGUCAGUUUCAUGUGGCCUGACAAGAGGUUCGGCCCACCCAACCAACCGUAUUACUACAAGAAAACGGAUGAUGUCCAACCAGACGACCCUGAGGUCUCCCCGCUGGGAAAAUCAGCAAAAACCAAAAGAUCGCAGACCAGUGAACAGAGCUCCGCAGAGGAAACAACAUCAACUCACAAGAGAUUGCUGAGCAAACAGUAAUGCUCUCAGUGUGACUAACCUGACUGUUAUGAUAAAACUGCUGCUGGGGCUGGAGCAGUGCAGUCAGGACUCAGUCAUGUAUAAGUGAAGCUUCUGACUGUAAUCAGGACCAAUUAGAAGCUGCUCUGAAUCUCGCAUGCUGAUUCCCAAAGGGCGUUAGUAGAUUUGCGACUUACAUUUCUUUUCGUAAUCGAUUAAGCUGUCGAUUUUUCUGACGCAUUUUUCUAAAUUAAAAAAAUAUUUGAUUGCCUAAACUGCAAAAACUGAAUUACUUUUUUAUUAACAUUUGUAGUUAAAAAGAAAACCAUCAACAUGUGAAAAGCUGGGCUCAACUUAACAUCAAUAGAGUAUUAAGUUAAUCUGGUGACUAUUUUUGGGCUCACUGAGUAAUAACUGAACAGAAAAAGGAGCUAACUAUCUAUUUUAACAGUUUUGACCCAGUUACUGCCCUGAGUCUGUUGAUUUUUGUUGUUAGUACGUAGUUAGCAAUUAAUCGAUGACUCAACUUGAUAAUAAUCGAUUAAUCACAAUUAAUUUGUUUAAUUGUUUCAGCCCUAGACGUGACCACGACGUAUGCCGUCUGAUUGCUAAAUCUGAAUAAUAUCCAACAUGCUGUUUUCCUCAUUAAAAUGUAAAUAAAAACACAUGGAUGUGAGUUUUCAAAGUUAAUUAUACAGUUACAUAUUUUAUUUUAUCUUUGGAAAGAUAAACAUCUCAUUUCCUGUCAGAAACAUGUGUGCUGAUUGAGUAAAAAUACCAUUUUUAUACAUCAUAAAUGAAUAAUUCUUAGGCUAGUUGCAGUUUUUCAAACACACAUUUCGAUUCACCAGUCUAAAUUCACCUUCAGGAUUAACAUUACAAAUUUUCAUUAAUCACAAAAGAAGCCAAGAUGUUUUCUGUAUCAGAUGCUACGUUCUAUUUUGUAAUACUUGUUUCAUGCAAUAAAAUGCUAAUUAUUUUCAAAAUCA